AUGGUCAAUAACAGCUGGACCAGUGUAUCCCAUUUUGUUCUCUUGGGCAUAUCUACCCACCUGGAAGAGCAGAUCCCACUCUUUCUUCUUUUUCUACUGAUGUAUGCAAUCAACAUUUUUGGGAACUUUGCCAUCAUCACAUUGAUUAUCUCUACUCCACGUCUCCACACCCCCAUGUACAUCUUCCUCAGUAAUUUGGCUUUGGCAGACAUCUGUUUCACCUCCACCACGGUCCCCAAGAUGCUACAGAACAUUUUCUCACCUACAAAGGCCAUUUCCUACAUGGGCUGCUUAGCCCAGACCUAUUUCUUCAUUUGCUUUGCAGCCAUGGAAAACUUCCUUCUGGCUGUGAUGGCCUAUGAUAGAUACAUCGCUAUCUGCUACCCUUUCCGCUACCCUAUGAUCCUGACCAGAAUGCUGUGUUCACAGAUGGUGGCUCUGUGCCAUAUCCUCUCCCAUCUUCAUGCCCUGCUGCACACCUUUCUUAUGGGCCGAUUAAUCUUCUGUGCAGAUAACAAGAUCCCCCAUUUCUUCUGUGACCUCUACCCUCUGAUGAAGAUUUCCUGCUCCAGCCCCUACCUCAACACCCUGAUGAUUCACACGGAGGGUGUUAUUGUCAUCAAUGGAGCUCUGGCUUUCAUCAUUGCCUCCUAUGCCCGCAUCAUCUCAGUGGUCCUCCAGAUCCCCUCGGCCAAGAGCAAAUGGAGAGCUUUUUCUACCUGUGGCUCCCACCUCACUGUGGUGUCUAUCUUCUAUGGCACACUCACAUGGGUCUACUUCCGGCCCCUUACCAGCUAUUCAGUGACUGAGGGUCGCAUUCUGACAGUCAUGUACACAGUGGUGACCCCCAUGCUGAACCCCUUCAUUUACAGCCUGAGGAAUGGGGAUGUCAAGGGAGCCUUCAGAAAAUGGGUGUGUGUUUCUUUACACCAACACUUAACUAUCUGA